AUGAAUUUCUUCCGUUCUCAAUUCUCUUCUUUGCCUCUUUUUUAUCCUAGCUCAAUUUUAUGUGAGUCUGGUCCAACUGCUACUGCCGUUCGAACCACGAAUCGCUUCAAACUGAACUACCGCCAAAUCUUUACAGGAAGCUCACUUGGCCUAGCCGCUGGCUUUGCACUUGGUAAAUUCGGUCAGCUCUUCAUUGUAGCUGCCUCAAGCGUCCUUGCCACCAUUGCUUAUAUCAAUACAAAAGGUCUGAUAAAAAUAAACUGGUCUCAAAUUCAAAACAGGUUUAUCGGCCAAACCGAACGUUUUGGUGACCUUGGUACCAACGUUUCAGAGCAUUUACCGGCUCAAUCAACAUUCACCAAUAUACGAAACUGGGCUUUGACGAACCCCUGUUUUAAACUGAGUUUCCUGUCGGCGUUCUACGUUGGCUUAUCAUCUGCUUGA